AUGAGCGGCGCCGCAGCUUGGACGGGCCGAGGCGCUCCCACCGUUGCUUUUGCUUCGGCUAACACUUUUAGCUGGCUGUUCAGUAACCCCUUCGAGGAAGAGAGUGACUUUACUCCUUCCCAGCAACGCGUCCCCCGAGUUGAGGAUGGCCGCCCCCUCUUCGUGGACGAAGCCAACGGCCACAUUCUUACCAAGGCCCAAUUGAGACGGGAUGCUUUAUCCCUGGCCUCUAGUCUCCAGUCGCUUCAUGGCUUGGACCCCCAUGAUCUUCAGUCAUUACCCCCUUCACCUAAUUGCCAUCGACCAGAGGUCGCCCCAGUUGUUCUUAUCCAACUGCCCAACUGUCUACCAUUUCCAUCCUUGCUGUUGGGAACACUGGCGGCCAGCCUGACCGCUACCUUGGUUUCUCCCGCCCUGGCAAGCAAAGAGAUAGGAUGGAUCUUGCAAACAGCCCGGCCUCGGGUUAUCAUCACGUCUACAGCAUGCCUACCUGCAAUGGAAGCGGCCAUCCGUUCCCAGAAGGAUAGGUUGUUCUUCGAUAGCGUCACUGUAUAUACUGUUGAUGUUGCUGGUGAGACAUAUCCUUCGCCAGUCCCCAUUGCAGAAAAGCAAGAGAAGGAGAAAGGGAAGGACAAGGACAAGGAGACGAAGAACUCUUGGAGGAAGCUCCUGACGGCCUCGAGGCAUCAUGUUUCCACACCUAGCCGAUUCGACCCGGCUACGCGGGCCGCGCUCAUCUUAUGGUCAUCUGGGACAUCCGGUCGCUCGAAAGGCGUGCUGUUGUCCCAUCAGUCGCUGAAUUUCUCAGUCACCUCACUCUGGCAUGACGCCGAUUUCUACCUGCGCCAACGCCAGCGAUGGCUGGGCUUCGUCCCCUUCUUCCACGUCUACGGCCUUUUGAAUCUUCUCCUCCUGGCCAUCCCUACCGGAUCAACGGUGUAUACCUUGCCGGCAUUCAAGCUCGAGACUGUGCUAGCCGCUAUACCCCGUCUCCAGAUCACCUAUCUGGUUUUGGCACCGCCGGUAGCAGUAGCAUUGGCCAAAUCACCCCUCGUUGAGCCCUACGCUAAGCGUGACAGCCGUGGCCGUAACCGGUUCUCCAGCGUCAUCGCCGGCGUCACAGGCGGUGCGCCAUUGGGUCACGAUAUCAUUGCCCAGGUAUUCGCUCGACUCGGCUUCCGCAUUCGUAUGGGAUACGGCCUGACCGAGGCUGGCAAUGUCGCGUGCCAACCUGGUCUCAAUGAGAAAGAGAUGCAAGCCCAACGGGACGAUAGCGGCCAGCCGCACUGGGGGGUUGAAGUUAUGAUUGCCACCCAUGUCCCCGGGGAGCGUGGGCUCGUCCCUGCCGAGAUUGGGGAGCCUGGUGAGGUUCUCACCCGAUCACCCGGCUUGAUGAUGACAUACAUGCCUGUGGGGGGGUUAUUUUCAACGGAUCAGCUCAGCGGCCCCUCGCCCACAGCCGAAGCUCUGACACCACACGGUUGGCUUCGGACUGGUGACGUCGGCACUAUCAACCUGGAUGGGAGUAUCCGCCUCACAGACCGGAUCAAGGAACUUAUCAAGGUCCGUGGGUUCCAGGUGCCGCCGGCAGAGAUUGAAGCUGUCAUUUGUAGUAGUGAAGAGGUCGCAGAUGCCGGAGUGGUAGGCAUCUACGACGCAGAGAGAGCGACCGAAUGGCCGCGUGCGUUUGUUGUUGCUGCGACGACGGCACAGACGCACUCAGAGCUCAAAGCCCUCGCAUACCGGUUGCGAGAUCUUGUCGAAGCACACACGGCGAGGUACAAGAGGCUGAGGGGGGGUAUCGUGUUUGUUGACCAGAUCCCCAAAUCGCCCAGUGGAAAGAUCCUUCGGCGGGUGAUGAAGGAGGGUCAAGUCACCGGCGUGGAGUUUCAGGUAUAUGAGCCGACCGGAUCGCCAUCGAAGCUCUGA